UAUGCCUGUGUGCCCAAGCGCUGGCUGUGUGACGGGAGAGGGACUGUCCUGAUGGCAGUGACGAGCUGGCAGCUGCAGGAUGUGCCCCUAACAAUACCUGCGAUGAGAACUCCUUCCGUUUAUUGAAACAAAGCUUGCAUUCCAAAGCGCUUUGUCUGCGAUCAUGACAAUGACUGUGGUGAUGGCUCUGACGAGUCAGUGGAGUGUGCUUAUCACUCUUGUGGUCCAGAGGAGUUUCGGUGUGCUGAUGGCCGGUGUCUGCUGAGUGACCAGUGGGAGUGUGACGGCCACCCUGACUGCCCCGACCGCUCAGACGAGCUGCCCCGCAACCUCAAAUGUCUGGCAGCCGAGAGUCUGUGCAACGGCUCCUUCUUCAUGUGCUCCAACGGCCGCUGCAUUGGCGAGAGCAGCCUGUGCGACCAGAAGGACGACUGUGGCGACCGCUCAGACGAGAGGAACUGCAACGUCAACGAGUGCCUCAACCAACGCAUCAGCGGCUGCACGCAAGACUGCCAGGACCUGCCUGUGGGAUACAAGUGUAAGUGUUGGCCAGGCUUCCGCCUGAAGAACGAUGGGAAGACGUGUGUUGACGUAGACGAGUGCACUUCCACGCUGCCCUGCAGUCAGACCUGUGUCAACACCUAUGGAUCCUACAAGUGCCUGUGUGUGGACGGCUAUGAGCCCAGCAAGACCAACCCAGACAGCUGCAAGUCCAUUUCAGCUGAGGAGCCUCUUCUCAUCCUCGCCGACCACCAUGAAAUCAGGAAGCUGAGCAUUGAUGGAUCUACCUACACACUGCUCCAAUAGAUACAAAAUAAAAGAAUGAAAGAGAAAUUAAAUAAUAUAAUAUAUUAUAAAGCAUAACAAAGAUGACAGCAUUCUCUCCUGUAUCGGGUGCGGGUUUCUCUCUGAUGUCCAUUAUGCAUGAUAGUUU